GCCGGCCAUCCACCAUGUACAAGAGCGCAAGAUGACGUCAGGUUGUCGAUGGUGACGGAGACGCGGGGAGAUACAGCGCGUGCUCCAGAUAUCUGUACUGCGGUGACGGAGCCCCUUUAGCACCAUGACUGACGUUCUGUGGAUUACCUUCUUUGGAUUAUAACCGGCGCAAGGAAAAGGAAGGGGACCAUGGCGGAGAGGUUGGAAUGGGUGGAGAUCAUCGAGCCUCGCACACGGGAGCGCAUGUAUGCCAACCUGCUGACGGGCGAGUGUGUGUGGGACGCACCAGCUGGUGUGAACAUCAAACGCAGCGGCCCAGACCAGUGGUGGGAACUGUUCGACUCGAACACCUCGCGCUUUUACUAUUACAAUGCCUCCACCCAACGCACUGUCUGGCAUCGCCCAGAAGGAUGCGACAUCAUUCCCCUCGCCAAACUCCAGACUCUUAAGCAGAACACAGACACGCCGCUUCCUGUUGCUUCGGUUAUCAGUGGAUCGGCUGACAGCAGCCCUGCUCGCAGUGCUGUCAGCACCACGUCUUCACAAGAGCAGGAGGAUAAAACAGCUCCCCGAGAGGAAGGAGAGAGUUUCAGAUGGGGGACAACGAGCAAGGACAGGAUGUUGAUUAAAGUAUCUGACAGGGAGCCCAGUUACCUGUCACAGGGCAACGGUUAUUCUAGCUCUUCCCCGCGCUCCAGACGCUCAUCUAGUAACACUCUUCCUGAAGCGGAAACCACUCCUCACGGUUUGCCUGACCGUCGGCAAUCACAAUCUCCUUUUAUGAAGAGAGCCGAUUUUGGUGGAACUCAGAGGCGUUGUUCAGGUGACUCUCAGCCUCCUUCGCCACGCUACGCUUAUGAACCCCCGCUCUACGAGGAGCCUCCUUCUGAAUAUCAGUCCCCUCCCAUUUAUGAAGAACCACCCACUGAUAUGCAUUGUGAUCCUGGUCUUUAUGCCUCAGAUAGGUCACCAGCGCGCAAGCCUGGCCUUUACCAUUCUCCUAAACAGAGUCCGUCUCCUUAUGGCCAGCUGGUGUUGACCAGACAAAGAGGGUCCACACCUGAGAAGAUCUCCAACCAAGCAGAGCGGGACUACGGUUUUAGUGGGCGGGAUUAUAGUUCUGCAGGGCGGGACUAUAGCUCUAGUGGAAGGGACUACAGCUCAGGUGGGCGUGAUUAUAGCUCAGGUGGGCGGGAGUACAGCGCAGCAGGGCGGGAGUAUGUCAAGCAGCUUGUGUAUGUAGAACAGUCAGGGUCUUCUCCCAGGUUUCGGACAACAGAUCGUUUUUUAAGCUACGGGAAAGCUGCCCAGGGUGGUCUUCCUGCUGGAAUGUGUUAUGGUGGCUCUUUUACUCUCCAGCAUAGCCAUGAUGGUGGUGGAGGUAAUCGGAAACGUAAAAAUCGCAAGCCUUCCUUGCCUGGAGGGGAAGGAGAGAGUUUUGGGGUGGGAGUAGGAGUACACACACAAGCACGACUCGCCUGGGAAGCCCAGCAGCUCAUGCAACAGCGUGGAGGUGGUGCCUUGGGAGGUGGUACUAAGGAUGGUUAUGAAAGUGAUGGCGCGACACCUUUGCCACUGCCAGGGCCUGUGGUACGGGCAUUCAGCGAAGAUGAAGCUCUAGCCCAACAGGACAGCCACUGGAAACGUACUACGUUAGACAGACUUGCAUUUCCUCAAACGCUGUUAGAGAAGAGUCUGUCUGUACAAACCAACCUGGCAUCACCCGAGCCUUACCUGCAUCCCUCACAGUCAGAAGAUCUCGGUGCAUGCUCACAGUUUGAGGCGAGCCGCAACGCUCGGAACAUGAUGCCCAGUGCUAGUUGUGGUGUGUUUCCAGAAUUUUCCCUUCGAAAGCCCUCUUCGGAGACAGACAUUGAGAACUGGGCAUCUAAGCAUUUCAGUAAACAUACACAGGGUCUGUUCAGAAGAAAGGUAUCUAUUGCAAAUAUGCUAGCAUGGAGCAGCGAGCCUAUCAAAAAACCUAUGAUCCACACAAUGGACCGUACAGUCAAGCGUGAGGCUGUGGAGCUAUUCAAGCACAUCCAGACAUACAUGGGGGACCGAAAGGGUAAAGGCGAGCCUCUGGCAGUGGCUCUGGAGAUUGCAGUAAGUGGUUGGAGCAACCAAGGCCUUCGUGACGAGCUCUACAUUCAGUUGUGCCGGCAGACCACAGAGAACUUCCGUUAUGACAGCUUACAGAGGGGCUGGGAGCUCAUGGCCAUCUGUCUGGCAUUCUUUCCUCCUACACCACGCUUCCACAACUACCUGGAAGGUUACAUUUACAGACACAUUGAUCCACUGAACGACACUAAAGGAGUGGCUGUAAGCAGCUAUGCGAAGUACUGCUACCGCAAAUUACAGAAAGCUGCAUUGACUGGAGCGAAAAAGGGUUUAAAAAAGCCUUGUCUUGAGGAGGUAGCUUACGCACGUAAUGCCAUCUUUAGCCUCUCAAUGUUUGGCUCUUCUCUGGAAGAAGUGAUGGCAAUGCAGAAGGAGCGAUACCCUGACCGACAGCUGCCAUGGGUACAGACCCGUCUGUCAGAGGAAGUAUUAGGCUUAAACGGAGACCAAACCGAGGGUAUCUUCAGGGUGCCUGGUGAUAUAGACGAGGUAAAUGCGCUAAAGUUGCAAGUGGAUCAGUGGAAGGUGCCAACCGGCUUGGAGGACCCGCACAUUCCGGCAUCAUUGUUGAAGCUGUGGUACAGGGAGUUGGAGGAUCCAGUAAUUCCUCACGAGUACUAUGAAGAAUGCAUCUCUAACUAUGACAGCCCUGAAGCUGCUGUCAGCGUCAUCCAUAACCUUCCUCACAUCAACAAACUGGUGCUCUGCUACCUCAUUCGUUUCUUACAGGUUUUUGCUCAGCCUGCCAACGUGGCUAUCACUAAAAUGGACGUGAGUAACUUGGCAAUGGUGAUGGCUCCCAACUGCCUGCGAUGUCUGUCUGAUGACCCGCGCAUCAUUUUUGAGAACACCCGCAAAGAAAUGAGUUUUAUCCGGGUGCUCAUUCAGCACCUCGAUACUAGCUUCAUGGAUGAAAUUCUAUAGUCCACACACUUACACACACAUAUACAUAAAGACCUACACGCAUACACACAUGCAUACACAUGCACCACAGAUACAUAAAGAUUACAUAUUAAUUAAAAUCUGAUGGACGAGCAAAACCCAGUCUCUAUAUUCAGAAGUAGAACAGGAGGCAUGAACCCUAAAAUACUGCACUGACACAUGCUCACAAAAGCACAAAUUGAAUCUGUUUGACACACAAACACAUCCAGACACACUUAGAAGACAACACAUACAUUCCAUUUGAGCCCCUUUUAUAAUUUCUGAAUGUGUUCGAUUGAGGAUGUGAAUGUAUAGUGCUGUUUUUGUGUGUUUGUUUGUUGAAUGUCAUGUAAAAACGUGAGUUUAUUUUGUUUUGUUUUUUUAGCUGACUGACUUAUAUAACUGUCGAUAACAGUCUAAUUGAUUUUAUACGAUUAAUUUAUUUUUUUGUAUUUAUUUUAACAGGUGUUUAUAACUACUGCCUUUGAAACAAAUCGUCAGACUCAUGUCGAGUGCGUGCGAGUGCGUUUGUGUGUGUGUGAGUGUAAGAGCAAUAUGUUUCAUGUACUAGUUUUAUUUAAUGGAAAUUGUCACCACACACUCUUACAUAAUCAUAGCCAUCACAUAGAUGCAGAAUUUACCCUGCCCUAGACCGCCUGACAAAGAAACACACCGAUUAGACCUGGUGCUUUAAAUAAUGACACAUAACACACCGCCUUGCACUACGUCCUCACUUCCCUUCAGGAGAAGCAAAGGAGAGUGAAACAGAAGUAUGAAAGAUGGAGGGAGAGGCAAAGGGAUCAAGGCAGAAAAAAAAAAAAACAACAACAAAUAUUUACUUUUUUUUUUUAUCUGCACAUGAAUCAUGUCAUGGAAGUAAUCUUCACCUUCAUCUUUACCAUCAUAAAAUAUAUAAAAAGAUAUUUAAAAAAUAUAUAUAUUUAAAAUCCAAUAAAGGAGUGAACACAAAGUGUCAUAUAAAAGAAUAGUGGAAUUAAAAAAAAUGCUUAGGUUUGCGUCUCAUUUUUUAGUAAAUUAUAACUAUUCGAAUGGAGACUGAAAUAAAGGGAGUCAAUUUGAAUCAUGGUUAAUUGAGAAUGAUCAGAGCUGAGACUAAAAAAAAAAAGAAGAUAAAAACAAUGGACAGAUUACGAGGAACAGCAUAGUCAGAGCAACAACACAACCACACGUGCUUCAAUACACACACAUACACGCAUAUACACACACAGUUUACCAGGGACAAAGACAGAAAAAUCAAUGAAAUUUCGAUCACAUUAGCCUGCUCACAGGUC